AUGACCGACUCAGGAGCAACUCGCGGACGCCAAGGAGCAGUCGAAGACCUGAACGAAUCUAUACUCAGCUUCAAUAGAGUGUAUCUUCGAAAUUGCAGAAAUACAGCAAUGAGACAUCCAUUCCCACACGAGACACACGACUGCUUCCUCGAGCUACUCUACCAGACUCGCACCAACGGUGUGAGCCUCGAUGAACUCAUCACCAGCCCGGAAGACUUUGACGGCAGUGGCGUGUUGCUCAAAAAAAUCGCAUGGCUUUGUGUGGAUGAUGAUGGUCUUUUCGAUGAGAGCGUAUCUUAUGAUCUUGUGGUCGAGACUACUGAGGAUGUUAGACGCCGUGGUGAUGGCAUGCUCGUUUCAGUGCCUUCGGGAAUGGAAUCGGAGUCUGAAGACGAUAUGGAUUCUGCAUAUGACUCUGAUGCAGAGGAUAUCAUGGAUACAGACGAUGAAUCCACCUGUACGGACGAUCCCACGGAAGACCGUUCUGGCUCAGAGGAUACCCUAACUCCAGACCGAGAUUCAACUAUGGAGAUACAACCGGUCAAUUUUAACUAA